AUGUCCGAAGCCUUGUAUGCCUCUUGUGCGGAAGCACUCUCUGCUUGUCAAUCCACUAAAGAUGACCUUGCCGCUCUGCUUCACCCGGAGACAGGAUUUGCUCCUCGCUUGCGGCAGAUAUGUCAUGACCGACUGGCGGAUGUCGAGAGAGAUUAUGCCAUAGAUGAGCCUGUCUCGUUACACGAGCAACAGGCGUUGAGGAUGGAGAGUGAUACUUGGGCACUACUACAGGCUCUCAUUCCCUUACGAAAAACGAUACCACAACAAUACCCGGACCCCCGCGCGCUCCUCGCUACAAAUCCAUACACGCCUCCCGCCUCCCUAGCGCAGUCCAUCAUGCAUGCUUCCCCCCUCCUCUCCGCUCUUGUCGUCGUUCGCGAAUGGCUGCAUGAAUCCGCUCCUAAUCCCUCAGCUCUUUCUCCAGGAGCGGCAACAGGAUACUGGAAGUUCACGCGGCAUGUCGUCACGCAGGACAAACGCACGGGCCAAACGGGCGGUGGUGUUAUCGGAGAGAUGGAUCCGGACGCGGUGAAUCGCACAGGAAACGAUAGGAAAACGCUCGCUGUUGAUGAUGCGACUUACGACAAAGCUCUUGUACAGACACUAUUCGCACAAGUACGUGCAGGCCAACUUGAUGAGGCGGUUGAGCUCUGCAGAAGGGCACACCAACCUUGGCGCGCGGCAAGUAUUCGUGGUGCACUUCUGUUCCAAUGGCGAGCAAUUGCGAACGAGCCUCGUGAGGAUGAUAUGAUGGAGGAAGAUGGAGUAGACGACUACAGCGGAUGGCGAGGUAACUUGCACAGAAAGUUGUGGAAGUCAACCUGUACCCGUGCCGCGCUAACUCAAAAUCUUUCUGUCGUGGAGCGCGCUCUAUACGCGGCACUCGCGCCUUCGGCACAAACUUCCGGACCACUCGGAGCCGUCUGCCGCACAUGGUCGGAUCACCUCUGGGCGAUGGUCUCUGUUGCCUGCGAGGACCGACUAAGUUCCGGACUAGCAGGGCUUGAAUCAGAAUGCUUCUGGGAAGGCGGACAAGCUGUCGUUGAGGUGCCAGAAAACCUCACAAGAAAACCUACAGAGGGAAGUUUUCAGGAGAAGGAAGAGGAGGAAUGGGAAGGGGCGGUGUUUAAGGGACUUGAAUCGCUGAGUGAUGUCAAUGUCGAGGAAGGGCCCCCCGCAACAAAUCCGUACCAUGUGACACAACUGCUCAUAAUCUUAGAUCGCACGGACCAGCUUCUGCAGGCCUUUGCAACCGGCUUGCGGAGCGGCCUGUAUGAUCCGACUUUACCAGAAUACCCAACGAUGACUCGCUUCUUUGCCCACUUAUGUCUAUUCUUGCAGAUGAUCGAGAUCAACGUGCCGCCACUCGCUAUGCAAGUAAUUCUUGAGGCAUACCUGCAGGUUCUCGAGGCGGCUGGUCAGCGUGAGCUGAUCGCAAUGUACGCUGGCGCACUCGGGGAUAACGCAAUAGAGCGGUAUGCGAUGUUCCUGACAUCCCUAGAGCUCUCUGCCGAUCUUGAAGAGCGCCGCCUCGCUCUCAAUCGUGCUCGAGAGCAUGGCCUCGACAUGCACCGUGUCGCGAUUGUCACGGCAGAGCGGACCAUCGAGACGGCCUUUUCAGUGCUAUCUGCUGCAAAAGGCCCCCUACCGUCUAUCAUCGGAAUGCAACCUCCUCCGACCGAUGCGGAACUGCUGCUCGUGCGCUCGAUCGAGUGGACAACCUUCGUACAUGCGACCUUCAAUACUGCCUUGGAACAAGCGAACAUCAUCUUGCGUUACUUUCUUGGAUGUGGGCGCGUAAGACUUGCAAAGCAGUUAUUGGACAAGCUUCCGCCGGAGCUUGGCGCUAUCCGAGAGCCAGAAGCGCGCGCCAACGAGUACUAUCACUAUCGCCGGUUCUUCCUUGUGUGGGAGUCGCUCGAGCGCGUAGUGGAGUGUCAGGCGCUCGAAGUGCCUCAACUGAACAAGGACGCGCGGGUGGCGUGGCUGAGCCACUACAAGGUACUUCUGGAGCAAGCUAGGGAACAGGUUCUCAAUCUGUUGACGACGGACUGGCUUGUCUCUGACGUCGAGAGGAACGGAAAUGAUCGCCGACGGCAAGAGCUCAUCCGCAUACGUCAGAUAUUCAUACCCGAGCUGAUAAUUCGCUUGCAUGCAAUGCUAUAUGCCUCACGGGUAAAGUUCCCUGAAAACUUGAAGCAUGCCCUUUCCCUUGCCAACGUCGUUGCGGAUUCUCGGUACAAACUAUAUGAGGACUUCGUCGGCCAAGAUGGGCGACGUCUGGGAGACUAUCUCGCUGCGCGCAUAAAUACGGGCUUGACAUUCGUCUGUGGCAGCAACGCAGUCGUAUUCGCACUUCGUACGCACCUCGCACCCGUUCCCAUAACUGCAUCGUCAUCCUCUACAAUGGACGCCUUCUUCACCAUUGCUGCUCCCAUCCCCGAGGAGAUCGAAACCCCAGUCGCCAUCCCCGCCGACUUCGACACAGGGGGUGGCCCGGGCACAAGCUCUGGCUGCUCCAUCGCGUGA